UGCCCUCGCAAGGAAGUAAGAAGAAAGGGCUCAGGAAAAGCGACAAACGCUUCGUCGGCAUGAGCUGGUGGUGGGCAGGCGCCAUCGGUGCGGCCAGGAAGAAGCUGGAUGACGAUUUUUCCGCUGCUGCCCCCAGGCACCAGAGCGUCGCACUCGUCAUCGGCGCCACCGGCAUCGUCGGCUCCUCCCUCAUCGGCAUCCUCCCGCUCCCGGACACCCCCGGUGGUCCUUGGAAGGUCUACGGCGUCUCCCGCCGAUCCCCUAAUCCCAACGUCGUCUCCUCCUCCGCCGCCUCCUCCUCUGACAGCGCCGACAUCAACCCCAUCCGGCACAUCCAAUGCGACGUCCUCGACGCCGCCGACGCUGCUGCCAAGCUUUCCCCCCUCUCCGACGUCACCCACGUCUUCUAUGUCGCCUGGGCCAGCCGCUUCAACGAGGCCGAGAACCGCACCGCCAACGCCGCCAUGCUCCGUAACGUCCUAGCCGCCGUCCUCCCUUCCGCCCCCAACCUCCGCCACGUCUGCCUCCAGACCGGCCGCAAGCAUUACAUCGGCCCCUUCGAGUCAAUCGGAAAAAUUUCUGCCCACGACCCGCCCUUCCACGAGGACCUACCCCGACUCAACGUCCCCAACUUCUACUACGACCAAGAAGAUAUUCUGUUCGACGAAUUGUCCAAGAGGGACGGCGCCGUAACCUGGUCGAUCCACCGCCCCGGAACCAUAUUUGGCUUCUCCCCGACCAGCCUUAUGAAUAUAAUCGGUACCCUCUGCGUAUACGCGGCCAUCUGCCGGAAGGAAGGAGCCCCUUUGAAGUGGUUCGGCAGCCGGACCGCGUGGGACGGCUUCAGCGACGCGUCCGACGCCGACCUCAUCGCGGAGCAUCAGAUUUGGGCAGCCGUCGAUCCCUACGCCAAGAACGAAGCAUUCAAUUGCAGCAAUGGGGACGUGUUCAAGUGGAAGCAUUUGUGGGCGCUGCUGGCGGAUCAGUUUGGAUUGGAAUCUGUCGGGUAUGAGGGGGAGGAGGGCCGGUUCAAGCUGGAGGACGCCAUGCGGGAGAAGGAGUUGGUAUGGAAUGAGAUUGUGGCGGAGAACGAGCUGGUGCCGACGAAGCUGGAGGAGGUGGGGACUUGGUGGUUCGCGGAUGCAAUUCUUGGAGUCGAGAUGCCGCAGCUCGACAGCAUGAACAAAAGCAAGGAGCACGGUUUCUUGGGGUUCCGCAACACGCUAACUUCUUUCAAUUCUUGGAUUGAUAAGAUGAAGGCUUUCAGAAUCGUUCCUUGAUGCCUCUAUUUCAUGCAUUCCUUGUGGUUUAGUUUGGUUUGCACAUGCUGUGGCCAGGCAUCAGUCUCUCAUCAUGUUCUCAGGUAUUGUUGUUUCGGUUCUUGCCAGUUCUUGUGAUCGUCAAAAUAUUGCCGAUUUGAUUAUGGAAUUGUACUUCAAACAAUAAGAAACUAUGGAAAUAAGCAGGCCUUAUUGGUGUUGAUCUC